AUGCUGAAAAAGCUUGAACAGAAAUAUGACAUGCUUGUGAAGAAAGAAAGAAGUCUACAGCUUGAAGCUGAGGAACUGCGGUGUGAGCUCAUGAAGAAGUCUGAGGAAGUUGAUGGGGGAAUGGAAUUGCAGAAUAAGUUACUCCAGUUGGUUCAAUCAAAGGCCUCUUUGAUAGUGCAUAAAGAAAAACAAUUAAAACGUUAUGAGGAACAGGCAACUGAGCUUCUUGUCAAAUUUAGUAAUCUAGAGGAAAGAAUUGAUAGGUUCCAAGGAGAUCUCAGAGAAAAGACCGAAGAAUUAAACAAGGUAAAGGAGUUGAAAGAUAGUUUGCUUAAAAAAACUGAAUUGCAAGCCUCAAAGAUGGUGAAUUAUGAACAGCUUUUGAGUGAUUGUGAAAACAAGAAAAAACUACUUACAGCCAAACUGGAAAGCGCGGGGAAUACUGAUGGGCUCCAAAGGGCACUCCUGAAGAAAAUUGACGAGGUGGAGGAGGGAAGGAAAUUGAAAGAUAAAUUGCUAAAAAAAAUUCAAUCACAAGCCUCAAAGAUGGUGAAUUAUGAACAGCUCUUGAGUGAUUGUGAAAACAAGAAAAAACUACUUACACCCAAACUGGAAUGCUCGGUGAAUACUGAUGGGCUCCAAAAUGCACUCCUGAAGAAAAUUGAAGAGGUGGAGGAGGGAAGAAAAUUGCAAGGAGAGCUACUCCGAGAGAUAGAUCUAAAUCCUUCAGAAAUGUUGAGGACUGGACAGCAGUUGGAAGAGCUUGGUAAGGAAAAAAUGUUACUUCUGGCCAAACUAAAAGGUUUAGAGGAGAGAAUUGAUAAUCUUCAAGUGGAGCUCGGAGAGAGGAGCAGUGAGGCAACUGAUGGAAUGGUAUUGCAUGGAAAAUUACUCCAACAGAUUGGAAUGAAGGACUCCGAGUUGAUGUCUGAGAAGAAGAAAAAAAGGGAUGUAAUUGCUGCUUAUAAAAAUCUGAAAUCUCAAUACACCUUUGUGUGCAAAAAAAUUGGUCUUACUACGGAGAAUAUGCUCCCAGAAAACAGAAUGGAAGAUGAAAGUGAUUUAUCAAGGCACAAUCAGAAUCCAUUAACUUCACCUGAUACUGAGAAUAAAAUUCUUGAUGAUUCCAUAAUUGCUUGUGAGAUGACCAAACAGAAGAUUGACCAAGAUGACAUGGAGGAUCACAAAGGAGUCAGAUUAAGCCCCACUAAUGGAAGAUCUGGCCCCUUAGCUGGCUCUAAGCGUCCCAUUUCUUAUUGGAGAGAUACCAGGUCUCUCCAGAAUCGAGGUGGGGCUGACCCCCAUGAUGAUUUUCUCGAUACUCCCUUAGAGAACAUUAGAGGGAACUUAAAGAAGGCUGCAAAGGAGGAAUCUCAUGAUCUUCUAGGCCCAGUUCCAAAUGACAUGCAUUCUAACAGCUCCGACGAUGAAACACAGUAUAUAAAUUUAGAUCCCGGUCCACAAAAGCAGCAAAUGCCAGUUCCAAAGCCCGGAACAAGAGCUUUUAAAUAUGUGGAGCCAGUAAGAAAGAAAGCUGAAAGGCAAAGUUUAAAAGGAAUUGAAUGCAAGGACUGUAAGAAAUUCUACGAUGCUGUUCUUCACAACGAUGGAGGAAAGGACACUGAUGGUAGUAAGCAGAACUCACGGUGUGAGCAUCAUGAUGGUGUUUCAAGGCAUCGGUAUAGGUAUGCACCUCCUUUGACUCCUGAAGGAUUUUGGAAUAUUGGAUUUUAAUCUGAAAUGUGAGUUCCAUGGGUUGGAAACUGAUUAAUUUGAUUAUAAAGCGAAGUUUCGUAAAAUAUAAUUCUCGCUGCACAGUCUUAACCAAACCAAAGCAGAAAGAAUUCAAAAAAUGUCAGGAAGAAAGCAACAUUUCUUUCAUCCAAACGCAUAACCAUCGUGUUAUAUUUUAGGCUUAAAAUCAUGUUUAUGAAAACCUGCAUAAUCAAAGGCUUGUCAUUGAUGUUUUACAUUACUAUUGUGGAUUCACAUGCUAGGUAAAUUCAUAAAAGAUGAUGUUUUAAGGUGAAAGAGUAGGCCUUCUUUAGUUGGUUAAUGACUCUAUUGCCAUCAGGAACUUCCCCAAUUGCAGUACCAUUGCUCUGUUUGAAUAUCAGUGUUCAAUGGUGUGAAAUGUUUGUACAAAAUUUUGAAGUUGAAAAAUUUAUUGUGCCUAAAACUGCACAUAGAUUUGGUACUGAGUCCUGAUUGAUUGAUCACAAUUAUGUCUGAAUUUUAUGACCAUAAAGCAUGUACCCCAUUUGAGUUUUAUACAUCAACUGAUAAUCACCUACCACGGCUUAAAGGGAGAGUCAAUUAAAAUGUGGAGACUUGGUUAAAAUAGGGUAUGGUGACAUCUUACUUUUGUUAUUUGUUUUUAGUCACAAGCCCACUCUGCUGUAGUUUAUAUUGUUGUGACAGUGGACUAAGCAAUGCUGAUUAUUUAUAGUACAUAUUUGUAACAGUAGAUUGAAUUUCUGGAGCUGAAAUCUAAAAGACGGCCAUUGCAUUUUAAGGAUAAGAUGGUCCCUGUAAUGAAAUAGUUUUUCUGAUUCGAAAUAUGCCAAUGGAAAAUACUUUUAAAGCCCAAAAAUUGAAGAGAACGUUUUUUAUUUAUUUAUUUAUUUAUUAUAUAUGUAAAAGCAAAAUAUAAGUAAGCGGGACCUCCCA